GCUCACAGAGACUUAAAGCCGGCCAAUAUCCUAUUUGAUGAUGAUUUCAACAUUAAAAUCUGCGAUUUUGGUUUGGCUUGUAUCCAUGAGCCAAUAUCUCAAAAAUACUGCGGAAAUUUAAGAUAUGCAGCUCCAGAAAUUAAGCACAAGAAACCUUAUGAUCCAUACAAAGCUGAUGUUUGGUCUUUCGGAUUGAUCGUUGCCUUUAUGGCAAUGGGACCAGAUGCAUUCGCACAAUGGACUGAAUAUCUUGAAUAUGGAAGCUGUAUUUUCCCAAAAGAGAUACCUCAAAACUUGGUCAAUAUCAUUAGACAUUGCAUUUUCCUUAAUCCUGAACAAAGAUGGUCAAUGGCGGAAAUUGUCAGAUAUUUGCAUUCUAAUGUGAAAUUGCAAAUCACCCCUCACAAAACAAAUUCCCGUAUUUUCAGAGAAAUUCACUAUAAGUCCUCUUUCAAUGAGCAGGCUCAGAAUUCAAACCAAGCAGGCCUCAACAAUUAUUCUCCCAUCUCUUUAA